ACCUUUACUGAAAAUGACAGCAAAGCAUAAACCAUUGAGCACACCAUGGGGGCCUGCCUUUUAAGGAAGUUCCUGAUGUAGGAUGAUCAGGCAGUAAUUAACAGUUGUUUCAAGAUGUUUCACAGAAGUUACUUGCGAGAAGGAAAUAUGGCUGUACUAAUGUUACUCUAUCUUCCAAUUUUAUUCUUCACAAUGACUACUGCAGAGGGCCCAGAUGGCUCUGUUGAGCACUUUCCACACUCCAAACUGGCAAAAAAAGGAGAAUCAGCUACAAUAAAGUGUAAAAUUACAGUUAGGAAUGGAAAGGUAGUGGGUACUCACUUUAAAAAGAAUCCUCUAUCACCGGAGGAUCUGUGUUAUUUCACUGGAGCAAAUGAAAUUGCACACAUUGCAGUAUCAUACUGGGAUCGACUCAACUGUAAUAAGACAAUCGAAGAUGAAGAAAGUGUCACCAUUCAGUUCAGAAAUCUCCAGAUAAAUGAUACUAAUUUUUAUUAUUGUACCACUGGGAUCAAAGAGGCCAAACUUUCUGACUUCCAUGGAAGAGGAACCCUUCUUCUUGUAUCAGAGCCUGACGACCAAACCUGUGCAGCAAAUUGUGUUGAAAAAGAUGUCUGCAAAGUAGUUUAUUUGAAGGAUCCAGUAAUGAUCACAGUGAUUAUACUGGUAAGAAAACAUUACCAUUGGGAUCAGUCACAACGUAAACGAGCUCCAAACUCAGUGAAUGAAGACAUUUAUCUGGUGCGAACCCAAAGCAUGGUAUGAUAAUUUCAGCUACAAUGGGCUUUGAACAUUUGAUUCAGUUUUUCUGUGAGGGUCUAAAUGCAUCAUCACAGUAAACCAAGGCUUACUAGAAUCUGUGGAAGUAUCCAAACUUUUUUUUACACAGUGUUAUUUGACAACGUAAGUAUUUGUCUGAGUACAUUUUGGUUGAUUUGUAGAAGGUGGUACUUAUGAUGAUAGUUAAUACAUAUGUCUAAUGUAAAAAUACUGUAUAAAUAACAUUCUGUUCCAUUAUGAUAUAAAUGUACUCUGUAUACAUUUUUACUUUAUCAUUAAUAAAAAAAAUCUCUUCUUCUUUCCACCCUCAUUGUUCAUGAGUGCCUAUAAGCUGUUUUAAGGGUGAAGAGGAAACUUGGUACUCUGUCAGCCAUUGAUCAAUGUCAUACAAUGGUGUGAAAACCUUGUUUAAGUAACAUUUGAUCUUCAAUUACCUUCUUGAGAGGAAAUUUGAUAGAGAUAUACAAAAUUAUGAGGGGUAGAGAUAGGUUAAAUGCAAGCAGGCUUUUUCCACUGAGCUUGGGUUAGACUACAAUCAGAGGUCAUAGGUUAAGGGUGAAAGGUGAAAAGUUUAAGGGCAACAUGAGGAAAACUUCUUCACUAAGAAUGUCGUGAGAGUGUGGACAGAGCUGACAGUGCAAGUGGUACAUGUGAGCUUGAUUUCAAUUUUUUAGAGAAGUUUGGAAUGGUACAUGGAUGGCAGGGGUACGGAGGUCUACAGUCCCAGUGGACGUCGAUGCGAGUAAACAGUUUAAAUGGUUCAGCAUGAACUAGAUGGGCUGAAGGGCCCAUUUCUGUGCUGUACUUUUCUAAGAUCCUAUGUCUCAACCCCCUCUGUCCUUAACAGAAGGGUCUAUAAAUUGUGAUAGUGUGACGGGGUCCUGAAUUACCCCUAUGAACUGUGUUUUUAAAAGAGAGAGAGAGAGUUGUGGAACACAGACACCUUGUUAAAAAAGAGAGAGAAAGAAAGAGAGAGCAAGAGAGAGAGGCGAAGACUGCUCACAGUUUGUUUAUACUUUCUACAAGGACGUUGCCUGCUUGUAAGUUCUUACAGCGAGAGAAAGCAGGAGCUACUUGAGAGACAGUUGGUAUUCAGCACGGUGAGAUAAAUAGAAGGUCAGAUGAUAGACCUACAGACGCAUGGUUUUGGACACUGAAUAAGCUUUGCUGUGCCCACGGAAACGGUGGGUUUUGGAGGAUCGAUCAGGUGGAUCGAUCAGUGGCUCUCGCAGUGUGAAAAGGGUGUGACCGGUGGGCAGUUAUUCGUGUGUCCAACCCUCACCUGGAUUGAUAAUUCCACCACAGAAGAACGGUCCCCUUUGUUGUGGUCACAGUUGGUGACUUCUAAAGGAAUUCGAAGGACAACAGGAAGAUCGACAUCGUCAGCUCACUUGAAGACUCAAAUCUCUCCCUCUCUCUCUCUCUCUCCAUCACUACACAACUCAAUACCAUGAACUGAACUGAACUGAACUUUACUCAUCAUCAUAAGACUGUCUAUUUACCCCUAGACUUGAAGAAGCUUGGUUUUCAUGUAUUUCCACACUUACAUAUAUAUAAUCAUUGCUAACCUGUUUGAUUUAUCUGCAUUUAUAUCACUGUAUUGUGUAGUUACUAAUAAAUACCAUUAGUUACUAGCAAUACUGGACUCCGAAGUGUUUUCCAUUUCUGCUGCUUCUUUAACCCGUCACGGGGUAUGUGACAAAA